AUGUUCACCGUCUUCGGCAACCAUACCGAGCUUGUCUCGUGGACUGCAGAACCUCAGCGAAGAGGGUCUUUUGGCAUCCUGUCUUCUUGUCUUGUAACCAUCUUUCUUUGUCUCUGGACAGCGCUACAUCUCAACAUACCCCAUUACUCAGAUGCCACCCAUCCCUGGUACAUCAAGCGGCAAAUGUGGCGCAAAUUAGGCUGGCUUACAUUAGGAUUGCUAGCUCCGGAGAUGAUCGUGUAUGCUGCGUGGGAUCAGUGGAGGAAGGCAAAAAAGCUGAAGAAGGCAAUGCACGACGAGGAGGGACAUAAGGAUUGGAGCAUGGUGCAUGCUUUCUACGCGGUGAUGGGUGGAUUUGUGGUAGACUCGAACGAAGAAUCUCCCCUAUACCCGGAAUGCGCUCAGCGCAAGAGAAUCACACUGUCACCUACAGGGGUGCAAUACAUCGCGGAACAUCAUUCUCACCUACUACCACAUGUAGAGGAAGCAGAGGUUCGCGACAAGAGCAAAGCCAAUGCUCUAGCAAAGUUUCUCGUUUGCAUACAGGCAGGAUGGUUCGUGCUGCAGUGUAUUAGUCGAAUGGUACUAUCGCUGCCGAUCACACUACUCGAGCUCAACACCUUCGGUCACUCCAUUUGUGCACUGAUCAUCUACAUAUUCUGGUGGAGCAAGCCACUGGAUGUCGAACAGCCAACGCCAAUCAAAAGCAAAGAGGCACAAGACUUGUUCGCCUUCUUGUGCAUGAAUUCGAAGGACUUCCGACCUUUGUACAGAAGAAACAGAUCAAACAAGGCAGAGAUGGAUUAUCUGACGAUCACAAGCGAUCUUGAAGAGGCAAACCCCGAGGUCCCUCGACCCAAAUCGAGAAACAGCCCAAGCUUCAACAGGACUGCCCUUUCCGAAACUCUCGAGCGCAUACUCGAGCUUGUCCCCCGAAUCGGUGAUAUAAAACGCAACUAUGGUCAGGGUGCCAAGCCUGUGACCAGAGGGAUGAAUACAAUCGUGUUGAAGAAAGAUCAAAUUCAUUUCGAAACCGGCAUCAGCAACCUUCACGACACCAUCGAGCUUCGAAAAGAAGAUAUUCACCGCUGGACACUGGCUGCCAACAUGAUGAGAGCUGCUCAAGCUGACCACAACAAAAUUGAGAACACCGUUGUCCGACGCAGCCGCAAUUGGCCAACCAUGGACCUCGACCCCAAAGCCCUCGACUGGAUACUACUGGCCUCCUUCAACGCGCUCAGUAUCUCAUACGGAGGUCUGCACGCCCUAGCCUGGAAUGCCGAAUUUGUUACGCCAAACCGACAAAACACGUGGCGAUUGGCCUCUCUCUUCGUGAUAACCUUUGUCCCGGCCUUGACAUUGGUACUGCUGAUCGAGAACCUAGUGACCUUUGGAAUAGAAUCGAACUUCGUGGGUCGAGGAGUAAUGCUCAAGAUCAACAGGUUCAUGUAUGAUUGGCAAAUCUGGCAGGUGCUUCUGGUAUUGGGUUCGCUGAUGUAUCUCUGGGCGAGGGCUUUCUUGGUUGUGGAGAGCUUCCUCAGUUUGGCUCACUCUCCGGCUGGUGUUUAUGAUUUGCCUAGGUGGAGUGCUUAUGUGCCGCAUAUCACUUGA